AUGUCUAAACGUUCUGAACGAGCAGAUCUUGAGUUUCCAUUUGGAGUCCCUUCCUCGUCGCACGCCCACCAUCAUCAUCACCAUCCUACUCUGGCUGACGCCUCUGUCAAGCUAGAAAAUUCACCUUCAAGCGGAGCGCGAAAUAAACGAGGUAUCCCUGGACCUGGACCUGCAAAACUUCUUGCCAUGUCAGGCCCGUCCGGUAACGUACCCAUGGGUGGUCAAGAAGGACCAAGCAUGAGCUCUCCAUCUAUGGGCCCACCGGCGAAAAAGAGUCGAACAAAUACUCCAUGGACGCCUGCUGAAGAGCAAAGGCUGAGGACUAUGCGAGAUGCGGGAAAUAGUUGGGCAGAUAUCGCAAAGACGUUUCCCCAAAGAACUGAAGGUAGUGUUAAGAAGCACUGGUACAAGGAUAUGCACUAUGCAGAGUUUGCGGAGGACGAGGGCCAGGCUCUCCUUAACGCCAUCAAAGAGUACGACGCGAAUAAGUGGAAGGCGAUCGGCCUCAAAGUUGGCAAGCCACCCAAGGCCUGCGAACAGUAUGCCAAAGAGCAUUUCGGGAAGUCAUAA